AUUCUGGGACGUUGCUGUCCUACUGCCGAACCAAGAACGCUUGGUUGUUUCAAAUCUAAAGCCACGCCAGAUGGAUGAAACAACUGCUGUUGAAUUAGUACCGAACGCCAUGGAGACUCAAAAAAGGCCGUUCAUCACUAUUGUACUUCAACAUAAUUGUUGUUGAAUCUUCGUGCCCGCGUCAACUCGUCUCUCGAAGACUCACGAGCUAGCUUAGCUCGCUAGCCGCUAACAAAGAGACGCGUUUGUUAGCAACAACACCACGCUAAUCAGAGAUCAAGUGUGAGCGUAAGGCGUUGUGGUGGACGUUUGGAAAUGUGGACAAGAAAGACGGAGGACUGUAAGGAGGAACUUUCUGGAACAAAAGAGGAAAACGACCCACAACGUCUACGAAGGCAGCCUCGAGAUGUCAUCCAAAGUGCAGACGCCAUAGAAGAUGUUUGUCCUGAUCGACAUGAACAAGAGGACCUGCACAUUAAAGAGGAGGAGGAGGAAGAGUCCCUCGGCGUUAAAGAGGAAGAGGAAGAUGAGCUCCACUACAAUAAAGAGGUGGAAGAGGACCCGCAUAGCCCCUCCAUCAAAGAAGAGGAGGAGGAAGACAUUGUCAAUUUGCCAUUGACUGUUGUCUUUUUGGAGAGUGAUCAUGAUGACGAAGGUCUAAGUGAGAAGAACAGGGGAGUGACACUUCGAAGCAGCCGCAACAAGCAACACAUGACAAUAGAAGGUGAUGAAGACCACUGCAGAGGAUCACGAGCCGACAGCCUCUUUGCUCCACUAUCAGAUAGUGACGACAUGUCCUCACACUCUACGGAAGAUGUUGAUGAUGAUAAUGACGAUGACUAUGAAGAUCAGGAAGAGGAGGAGGAGGAGGAGGAGGAGGAAGAAUACUUAAAAACUUAUAUGACAUGUCCAAGUGACAAAAAACACUGGAAAUGUUCAGAGUGUGGGAAAAUAUUAAGUACCAAGCGGGUUUUGAAAGAACACAUGAGAAUCCACACUGGAGAGAAACCUUUUGCCUGCUCAGUUUGUGCGCAACGAUUUUCUUUUCGGGAAAACUUAAAAAUACACACAAGAACACACACUGAGGAGAAACCUUUUGAGUGCUCAUUUUGUGGUAAAAGAUUUACUCAAAAGACAAAUUUAAAAAAACACACAAGAACACACACAGAGGAGAAACCUUUUGUUUGCCCUGUUUGUGGUAAGAAAUUUACACAGAAGUCAAAUUUAACAACGCACACAAGAACACACACUGGAGAAAAACCUUUUGCCUGCUUGCUUUGUGGUCAACGAUUCUCUGUCAGGGGGAACUUGAGAAGACAUACAAGAACACACACCGGAGAGAAACCUUUUGUCUGCUCGGUUUGUGACCAAAGUUUCUCUACAAAGCCAAAUUUAACAAGACACACAAGAACACACACGGAGGAGAAACCUUUCGCCUGCUCAUUUUGUGAUGAAAGAUUCAAUUUACAGACCAGUUUAAUCACGCACACUAAAACGCACACUGGACAAAAAACAUUUGCCUGCUUGGUUUGCGAUAAAAGAUUUUCCGUGAGGGGAAACUUAACAAGACACGCAAGAACGCAUACUGGCGAGAAACCCUUUGCCUGCUCAGUUUGUGGUCAAAGAAUGUCAACAAAGGCAAAUUUGACAACACACACGAGAAAACACACUGGGGAGAAACCAUUUAGUUGCAGUGUCUGUGAUAAAAGAUUCUUAAGUAAGGCUUAUGUUACCAGACAUAAGUGUACUGGUGAGAACAGCAGUGAUCAUUGAUGCUAUAAAUAGGCUGAAAAAUUAUUAUAGUGAUCUGGGGAAGUGUAAUGUGAUCCAGAGUAAAAUAGGACAGUGUAUUUUUCCAAAAUGUCAAGAUGUUAAAUCAAUAAAUUAAUCAAUGCCAAAAGACC